AUGGCUCCUGCUAUCGGUAUUGAUUUGGGUACCACCUACUCAUGUGUCGGUAUCUACCGUGAUGACCGCAUUGAGAUUAUCGCCAACGACCAGGGUAACCGCACCACUCCCUCGUUCGUCGCCUUCACCGACUCAGAGCGUCUGAUCGGUGACUCGGCCAAGAACCAGGUCGCCAUGAACCCUCACAACACUGUCUUCGACGCCAAGCGCCUCAUUGGCCGCAAGUUCGCCGAUGCUGAGGUCCAGGCCGACAUGAAGCACUUCCCCUUCAAGGUCAUCGACAAGGGUGGCAAGCCCAUCGUUCAGGUCGAGUUCAAGGGCGAGGAGAAGACCUUCACCCCUGAGGAGAUCUCCUCCAUGGUCCUCACCAAGAUGCGUGAGACCGCCGAGUCAUACCUUGGUGGCACCGUCAACAACGCUGUCGUCACUGUCCCUGCCUACUUCAACGACUCUCAGCGCCAGGCUACCAAGGAUGCCGGUCUGAUUGCUGGCCUCAACGUCCUCCGUAUCAUCAACGAGCCCACCGCCGCUGCCAUUGCCUACGGUCUUGACAAGAAGGUUGAGGGUGAGCGCAACGUCCUCAUCUUCGAUCUUGGUGGUGGUACUUUCGAUGUCUCGCUCCUCACCAUUGAGGAGGGUAUCUUCGAGGUCAAGUCCACUGCUGGUGACACUCACUUGGGUGGUGAGGACUUCGACAACCGUCUCGUUAACCACUUCGUUAACGAGUUCAAACGUAAACAUAAGAAGGCGAGUCAGAUUCCAAUCUUACUGUUGUCAAGACUGUAUGCUAACUAUCUCACAGNNGACCUCACUUCCAACCCCCGUGCUCUGCGCCGCCUGAGAACUGCUUGCGAGCGUGCCAAGCGUACCCUCUCUUCGUCUGCUCAGACCUCUCUCGAGAUCGACUCUCUCUUCGAGGGUAUCGACUUCUACACCUCCCUCACUCGUGCCAGAUUCGAGGAGCUCUGCCAGGACCUCUUCCGUGGCACCAUGGAGCCCGUCGAGCGCACUCUCCGUGACGCCAAGAUCGACAAGUCCUCCGUCAAUGAGAUCGUUCUUGUCGGUGGUUCCACUCGUAUCCCCAAGAUCCAGAAGAUGGUUUCCGACUUCUUCGGUGGCAAGGAACCCAACAAGUCCAUCAACCCCGAUGAGGCUGUUGCCUACGGUGCUGCCGUCCAGGCCGCCAUCCUUUCCGGUGACACCUCUUCCAAGUCCACCAACGAGAUCCUUCUUCUCGACGUCGCCCCGUUGUCUCUCGGUAUCGAGACCGCCGGUGGUGUCAUGACUGCUCUCAUCAAGCGCAACACCACCAUCCCCACCAAGAAGUCCGAGACCUUCUCCACCUUCUCCGACAACCAGCCCGGUGUCUUGAUCCAGGUCUUCGAGGGUGAGCGUGCCCGCACCAAGGACAACAACCUUCUCGGCAAGUUCGAGCUUACCGGCAUUCCCCCUGCCCCUCGUGGUGUGCCCCAGAUCGAGGUCACCUUCGAUGUUGAUGCCAACGGUAUCAUGAACGUCUCUGCCCUUGAGAAGGGUACCGGCAAGACCAACAAGAUCGUCAUCACCAACGACAAGGGCCGUCUUUCCAAGGAGGAGAUUGAGCGCAUGCUCUCCGAGGCUGAGAAGUACAAGGAGGAGGAUGAGGCUGAGGCCGCCCGUAUCGGCGCCAAGAACGGUCUCGAGUCCUACGCCUACUCUCUCAAGAACACCAUCUCCGACCCCAAGGUUGAGGAGAAGCUCCCUGCCGAUGACAAGGAGAAGCUCUCAGCCAAGAUCAACGAGACCGUUGAGUGGAUCGACUCCAACACCACCGCCACCAAGGAGGAGACUGCCUUCUACCAACAGAGUGGCGGUGCCCCCGAGGGCAUGCCCACUGGUGGCGCUGGCCCCGCUCCCGCCCAUGACGAUGGUCCCUCUGUCGAGGAGGUUGACUAA